CUUUUUGUUUGAAUAUUAAUUCAAUUAAAGGCAAUAAAAGUGACAUUCAUUUCAAGAGUUAUUACAUUUAAAUACAAUUGAGAUCUCAAUUUAAUUCAAUAUGUUUUAUAAAUUGUGUUCAAAUCAUUUGCUCAGAAAUUUAAGGCAUGCCUCCAAUGACCUCCGAUUGUCUCAACUGUUUGCACAAAAUGGUUGCAUAUCUUCGGCGAGGAAUGGGUUCCAUAGCUCACCGCAGAGGCAGUCGUCGGGCUUUGAUUGGACGGACGCUCUGCUGUUGGACCACAACCUGACUGAAGACGAGAUCCAAAUCCGAGAUCAGGUCCGCACCUAUUGUGCCGACAAAUUGAUGCCAAGGAUUCUUCAGGACAACAGAACCGAACGCUUUGAUCGAAAUAUAAUGACAGAAAUGGGAAGUCUUGGAGUGUUGGGGCCAACCAUUAAGGGCUACGGAUGUCCUAAUGUCUCAUCCGUGGCCUACGGACUCAUCGCCAGAGAAGUGGAAAGAGUUGACAGCAGUUAUCGGUCGGCGUUUAGCGUCCAGUCGUCUCUUGUAAUGCAUCCGAUCUAUGCGUUUGGAAGUGAAGAACAAAAAGAUAAAUAUUUACCACAACUGGCGAAGGGAUCGCUAAUAGGCGCGUUUGGAUUGACUGAACCCAACCACGGAAGUGAUCCGUCGAGUAUGGAAACGAAGGCUGUCUUCGAUUCGAGUUCGAAGACAUUUACACUAAACGGAACCAAAACAUGGAUCACAAACGCGCCCAUCGCUGACGUCUUCGUCGUUUGGGCCAAUUAUGAGAACAGAAUCCGAGGUUUUAUUUUGGAGAGAGGGAUGAAGGGGUUGUCGACGCCUAAAAUCAAUGGAAAGUUCUCUUUGAGAGCUUCUGAGACGGGAAUGAUAUCUAUGGAAGACAUCAAAGUUCCGGAGAAUCAUAUGCUUCCCAAAGCUGAUGGACUGAAGGGUCCGUUUGAAUGCCUGAAUAACGCCCGGUUAGGCAUAUCGUGGGGAGCGUUAGGUGCGGCCGAGUUUUGUUUGACGACUGCCCCUGAUGGACUGAAGGGUCCGUUUGAAUGCCUGAAUAACGCCCGGUUAGGCAUAUCGUGGGGAGCGUUAGGUGCGGCCGAGUUUUGUUUGACGACUGCCCGUAACUAUACCUUAGAGCGCAAACAAUUCAUGAGACCGCUCGCGAAGAACCAAUUGAUUCAGAAGAAGUUGGCGGAUAUGUUGACUGAGAUAUCGCUAGGACUUCAGGCGUGUCUUCAAGUGUCUCGACUCAAAGACAAGGGUUUACUCAAACCAGAGAUGGUUUCGUUGAUUAAGAGGAAUUCUUGCGGAAAAUCUCUGGAAAUCGCUCGAAAUGCACGCGACAUGUUGGGUGGGAACGGGAUCAGUGAUGAAUAUCAUAUCAUUAGACAUGUCAUGAACUUAGAAGCGGGUCCGUUUGAAUGCCUGAAUAACGCCCGGUUAGGCAUAUCGUGGGGAGCGUUAGGUGCGGCCGAGUUUUGUUUGACGACUGCCCGUAACUAUACCUUAGAGCGCAAACAAUUCAAGAGACCGCUCGCGAAGAACCAAUUGAUUCAGAAGAAGUUGGCGGAUAUGUUGACUGAGAUAUCGCUAGGACUUCAGGCGUGCCUUCAAGUGUCUCGACUCAAAGACAAGGGUUUACUCAAACCAGAGAUGGUUUCGUUGAUUAAGAGGAAUUCUUGCGGAAAAUCUCUGGAAAUCGCUCGAAAUGCACGCGACAUGCUGGGUGGGAACGGGAUCAGUGAUGAAUAUCAUAUCAUUAGACAUGUCAUGAACUUAGAAGCGGUCAACACAUAUGAGGGAACUCAUGAUAUUCACGCCCUAAUACUCGGUCGGGCUAUUACUGGACUUCAGGCAUUUACUGCUGAUUAA